AUAGCAGUACACUUCAUUCAUUCAGUAAGUAAAAAUUUUUUUGGCUUCUCGAAAGGAAUACUUCUUCACACCAAAUUUUCUCGUUCAAAAAUUUGAGGGGUUUUUUGGAUUCGCUUGGUUAAGAUGAGUACCUGGUCCAUUCGUACAUCCCUUCGUACCAGGUUGCGGGAUUCCCUCGCCGAGCUUGGCCUUUCGAAUCGCCACUCGGACUGCAGUUUUGUGAUCGAACUCGAAGGCGGUAAAAGCAAAUCCUUUCCGUGCCACAAACUGAUCUUCAGCUGCGCCUCGGAUGUUUUCGAUCGAAUGCUCUACGGCGAAUAUAAUGAGUCGACCAGCGGUAUGGUAAAACUAAGCGAUGUUGAUCCCAAUAUUUUCGAAAAGUUCCGGGACUACGUGUAUGGCUACGACUGUGAGAAGCUGCCGAAAUAUGACUUUGAUACGAUAAUCCGACUCUGCGAGUUUGCCAACAAGUAUCUGGUUCUGUCCCUCGAGGAGGAUUGCAUUAGGGAGUUGAUGGUGCGCAAGGACACUUUCGAUUUGGGGGAGUUACUUCGACUAUUUCAGUGUGCCCAUCGGGUGAAUCGAAAAUCGCUGAUUGAUACAAUGUCCUGGGACCUCAAGACUACUUUCAAACGAUCCUUGGAUCACACGGGCAUUUACGAGUUCAAUUGGGACGUCUUCAAGCACUACAUCGAAGUUAUUGAGGGGAAAAUAUCCGAGGCGGAGCGUUUUCGCCUGCUCGAAAUGUAUCUUAAAUAUAAUGGCUUCGAUAUCGCCGAUUUUGUAACUCAGGUGGAGAAAGCAGAAAGUACUGAAACCGAAAUUGAUGUUCCAUCAACCAGUUGUCCGCCAGUCGAAUGCAGUUCCAGCAACCCAAGCAAGGAGGCCAUACAGCCAAGAUACGUAACUGAUCUGAUCAAAUUGAUUGACUUCAGUAAGUUCUCGGCCAAAGAGUUCUACGAUGGUCCCGGCAAGUCCACUUUUCUCAGCCUGGCCGAGAAGUACGAGUACAUGUAUCAGAUCGCGAAGAACUCGCUUCUCUCGAAGAGUUCAUCCGCUGCGGAGCAACUUCUCUCUGAAUCCCGACGAGUGAUCACUCUGGGUGGAACUCUGGUUCGCGAGGACCCAACAAGUGCUUCGCUCUCCUCGCCAUUCAGCCCUCGACCUGUUCGUCGCUUCCGCACCUUCACGUCCAAUAGCGAUGGUUUUGGACCUGAGAUAUAGUGAUAUCACAAAUAAAUGGGCAUUGAGAUGUUAUUUUCCUUUUCAGGAUAUGUAAAUUAUGUAUAUGUAAGGGAAAUAAAUUAAAAAAUACUCAAUACAAGUUAAAAUAA